CCCAACCGGCUUUAGUUUGCGUCCGCUACGUCGUCAUCGAACCCAAAAAGAAACAAAACAGUUUGAUUCGUAUUCUCUUCCUUUUUGUCGGGUCGUGAGAAUUUUACCGAAAAUGGGUUUAACGAGGAACAAAAGAAAAACGGACCCAGAAAUCAUCAUCGCUAGAGAUACAGAUUCCGAGUUAAGUUCGUCAUCAUCAUCAGAAGAAGAAGAUAAUUACCCUUUGUCGGAGUCGGAGGAGGAAGAUGAAGCGGUUAAAAAUGGAGGGAAAAUUGAAUUGGAGAAGAAUAAAGCCAAAGGGAAAGCACCCAUUACCGUUAAGCUUAUUAAGAAAGUUUGCAAAGUUUGUAAACAGCCUGGUCAUGAAGCUGGAUUCAAAGGAGCAACUUAUAUCGAUUGUCCUAUGAAACCUUGCUUCUUAUGCAAAAUGCCUGGUCACACCACGAUGUCCUGUCCUCACAGAGUGGUUACUGACCAUGGAAUACUCCCAACUUCUCAUAGGAAUACAAAGAACCCUAUUGAUUUUGUGUUCAAGCGCCAACUCCAACCGAGAAUUCCCCCAAUCAAACCAAAAUAUGUGAUCCCGGAUCAAGUUCAUUGUGCAGUUAUCCGAUACCACAGCAGACGUGUUACAUGUUUGGAGUUCCAUCCAACAAAGAACAACAUUCUUCUCUCAGGAGAUAAGAAAGGGCAAAUCGGAGUCUGGGAUUUUGCAAAAGUGUAUGAGAAGAAUGUGUAUGGAAACAUACACUCUGUUCAAGUUAAUAAUAUGCGGUUUAGUCCCACAAAUGAUGAUAUGGUUUAUUCUGCAUCCUCUGAUGGAACAAUUGGUUAUACUGACCUGGAAACUGGAACUUCAUCAACUUUGCUGAAUCUCAACCCCGAUGGAUGGCAGGGCCCAAACAAUUGGAAAAUGCUGUACGGUAUGGAUAUUAACUCGGAGAAAGGUGUAGUGCUAGCUGCUGAUAAUUUUGGGUUUCUUCACAUGAUCGACCAUCGUACCAAUAACGGAACAGGUGAGCCAAUUUUGAUACACAAGCAAGGAAGCAAAGUUGUUGGCCUCGACUGCAACCCAGUCCAGCCUGAGCUUCUUCUCAGUUGUGGGAACGAUCAUUUUGCACGAAUCUGGGAUAUGCGUAAACUACAACCUAAAUCUUCUCUUAAUGAUCUUGCACACAAGCGAGUAGUCAACUCUGCUUAUUUCUCUCCAUCAUCAGGCACGAAAAUCCUAACGACCUGUCAGGACAACCGUAUUCGAAUAUGGGACUCUAUCUUCGGGAACUUGGAUUUGCCAAGCCGAGAGAUUGUUCAUAGCAAUGAUUUCAAUCGGCAUUUGACGCCAUUCAAAGCUGAAUGGGAUCCUAAGGAUACCUCGGAGUCACUCAUUGUGGUUGGUCGUUACAUCAGUGAAAACUACAACGGAACUGCUCUUCACCCAAUAGAUUUCAUUGAUGCAAGCAAUGGACAAUUGGUUGCAGAGGUUAUGGAUCCAAACAUCACAACUAUUACUCCAGUCAACAAGUUGCAUCCGCGCGAUGAUGUUUUAGCUUCAGGAAGUUCAAGGUCGCUGUUCAUUUGGCGGCCACAGGAUAAAACAGAGAUUGUUGAGAAGAAGAAGGAUAAAAAGAUUAUCAUAUGUUCUGGCGACAGCAAGAAGAAUGGAAAGAAGCAAAAGCGUGGCAGCGAUGAUGAAGACGACGAAGAUGACAUGUUCAGCUCUAAAGGCAAAAACAUUAAAGUCAACAAGUCUCAAGCAAAAACAACCAAGUCUACUCGGAAGACAAAAACUUAAGAUUAGUAAAGAAUGUUGUUAUGUAUAACUAACUUUUACUCUGUAUUUUGUUUCUUUGGGUAGGUUUUCUAGUACAGAGUCUGUUUUAGUAGGGGAUUUUGGUCUAAUGUGCCAUAUACUAUAGCAAAACUUACAGAAAUUGCUACAAAACAUUUGUCUUUCCAAAUGUGCCAUAAUGGUGGACAAGACUUUGAACUGAAAA